AUGGGAGAUGAAGAUGUUGAUGGCAAGUAAUCUAGAAACAUGUCUGCAUGUUCCUCAACGAUGUCGUAUUCAACUAAACUCUUUCUCUUCAUGGUUCCUCUAGUUCUUGUUUCUGGCUUCGUCUUUGUAAAUAUUGGUCGUCCUAAAGAUCCAACAUCUUUCUUAACCUCUUUGUCCACCUCUCCUCACGAUCUCCCUUCACCUCCGUCUCUGUCUCCAUGGACGGCGCGGGCGCCAUGUCCUUUGCCAUCAGAGAUGAUACCUCCGUCGUUACCAGCAUCAUCUUUAUCGACUAAAGUGGAAUCUAUUCAGGGAAAUGAUAAUCGGACCAUUCGAUUGAAUCCGAUCAUUACUACAACGAGUAAUAACGUCACUUAUACGGCGUCAUCGGAACCAAAGAAAAGAAGAGUUCUAAGCAAUUUGGAGAAGAUCGAAUUCGAGCUACAAAAAGCUCGAGCCUCCAUUAAAGCCGCUUCGAUUGACGAUCCCGUGGACGACCCGGACUGUGUUCCUCUUGGUCCUAUGUAUUGGAACGCUAAGGUCUUUCAUCGUCAUAAAGCAGAGAAGACCUUCGAAUCGAACCUGUUAUAUUUCCUAAUAGGGUUUUUUACCGCUGUCGCUUUACUAUUUAAAAUUAUAGGAGGCCGAGGUCCUGAGGCAAGCUUCUCUCAUCCCCAUCUUGGACAUAAUUCGAUUCGAGCAUUAUGCAAUGCCAACACGUCAGAGAGAUUCAAACCAAGAAAAGAUGUGUCAAUACCCGAGAUUAAUCUACGAACAGGAUCCUUAACCGGACUAGUCGGUGGUCCGUCACCUUCCAGCCGUCCAAUCCUAGCCUUCUUUGCAGGUGGUGUACACGGACCAGUAAGGCCAGUCUUGCUCGAGCAUUGGGAGAACAAAGAUAAUGACAUUAGAGUCCACAAGUAUCUCCCUCGAGGAACAUCUUAUUCGGACAUGAUGCGGAACAGCAAGUUCUGUAUUUGUCCUAGCGGCUAUGAGGUUGCGAGCCCUAGGAUCGUGGAGGCACUUUACUCGGGUUGCGUCCCCGUUCUGAUAAACUCAGGCUACGUUCCUCCUUUCAGCGAUGUUUUGAAUUGGAAAUCGUUUUCAGUGAUCGUUUCCGUGGAAGAGAUACCUAAUUUGAAGACGAUCUUAACGGCUAUAUCGCCCAGACAGUACCUAAGGAUGUACAGGAGAGUGUUGAAAGUAAGGCGACAUUUUGAGGUGAAUUCGCCGGCGAAGAGGUUUGAUGUGUUUCAUAUGAUUCUUCAUUCGAUUUGGGUAAGGAGAUUGAAUGUGAGGAUCCGUGAGGUCUAAGUUAAGGGUUUUUGGGUUUUUUUUUCGGAUUUUUUUUUUUGUUUUGAGUGGUGAGUUGUGAAAAUAAUUUGAAAA